AUGAUUGAGGGAAUCGAGGCGAUGGAGCAAGCCUGGAUGAUCAGCGACACCAGCGACAGCAGCAGCGACAGUGAUCUUGGCGGGCGGAGCGGCUCCAGCUCCUCCUCCCCAUCUCCUCAUGCUCCUUCUCCUCCUCCUCCUCCUCCUCGCGCCAAUUCGCCAUCGAUCGUCGAUUCUUCUUCGUGGGUCGAGGGAGCCAUCAUCGUCGGGGCCGGGCCGGCGGGGCUGGCGGUGGCGGCAUGCCUCAAGGAUCGCGGCGUGCCCAGCAUUGUCCUGGACAAGGCCAAUUGCAUCGCGUCGCUGUGGCAGCAGCGCACCUACGAUCGCCUCCACCUCCACAUCGCCAAGCAGUACUGCGAGCUUCCCCUGCUCUCGUUCGCGCGCGACGUCCCGCAGUACCCCACCAAGAACCAAUUCAUCGACUACCUCCACGAUUACGCGCGCCACUUUGAGAUCCAGCCCCUGUUCGAUCGCUGCGUGGUGGCGGCCACUCGCGAGCAGAGCGGCGAUCGAUCGCUCUGGCGAGUGGAGACCGUGGACAAGAGGAGAGGCGUGAGGGAGGAGUUUAGGAGCCGAUGGCUGGUGGUGGCCACCGGGGAGAACGGCGCGGAGAGGAUUCCGGAGGAUUUGCGCCCCGGGCUGGAUCGUUUCCAAGGCACGGUGCUCCACUCGAGCCAGUACCGCAAUGGCAAGCCUUUCAAGGGCCAGCGCGUUUUGGUGGUGGGGUGUGGCAAUUCGGGCAUGGAGAUUGCGCUGGAUCUUCUCAACCAUGGCGCUCAGCCCUCCAUCGUCGUUCGCAGCCCGAUGCACAUACUUCCUCGGGAAAUGUUUGGGAGAUCUACAUUUGCAGUUGCGAUGUCGCUAAUGAAGCUUCUACCGUUGCGUGUUACGGAUAAGUUGCUGGUUAUGUAUGCUACUUUGGCACUUGGAAACACCACUAAGUAUGGUAUUUUGCGUCCCUCCACUGGGCCACUCGAAACCAAGGCAAAAUUCAGCAAGACUCCCAUUUUGGAUAUGGGUACUUUUCGCAAAAUUAGGAGUGGAUCUAUAAAGGUGAUGCCAUGUAUGGAAAAAAUUGAUAGGGAGGGUGUUUAUUUUGGAGAUGGUCGUUAUGAAUCAUAUGAUUCCAUCAUUUUGGCAACGGGUUAUAAGAGCAUGGUGUGUUCAUGGUUUAAGGAUGACGGGAAUUAUUUUUCAAGAGAUGGCUUUCCAAAAUCGGGCUGGAAUUGUGAUAAAGGUUUAUAUGCUGCCGGAAUGUCAAGACAAGGCAUUUUUGGAGUAUCAAAAGAUGCAAAACACAUUUCCGAUCAUAUCUAUGAUGAUUUUAGUUUUAUUGAGAGAAAAAGGACCAAUAGUAUAGUAAAUUUUAAGAUGAUGAUGAAAUGA